UGUAGUGGAACUUGACUUUGUUAUUAUCCUAUUUAAAUCUCUGGUGGGUGAAGCUUAAUUCAGCACACUUCAAGCUUCACUUGCUAGCAUUAGUGAUUGUUCUGUUCAUGGCUACCCAUCAGCCACUUCUUCAACCCCCCAAAACUUCCCGCUCCAAAACCAUCCCCACAAUCCUCUGUUUUGCUGCAGUUUUGUGCUCAGCCAUUUUCAUUACCAACAAAUUCAUCAAAUCAAACUCAUCUGAAAAUGAUCUCUCCUUCCUUCACAACCUAUGCCACAAGGCAUACAACCCAUCAUCCUGCAUUGAAAUGGCCGCCUCAGAAUUUCCCUUUCCUCGAGAAAUCAAAACCACGAACAGGGGUCAUUUCUUACAAUCUUUCCUGAGGAAAUCCAUUCCUAAAGUAAUUAACACAAUCGACAGAGCCAAAGAUCUCAGCCAGAGAAUCAAUAACCCACGCGGUGAAGCAGCUUUGGCCGAUUGUGUCGAGCUUAUGGAGAUCUCAAACAGCCGAAUCAUAGACUCUGUUUCGGCUUUGAAGAACAGGACGAGCGGCUCAAUCGAAAAUGCUCACACAUGGCUGAGUAGCGUGCUGACGAACCACAUCACGUGCUGGGAUGAGGUCGAGAAUUCAGUAUCCAGAGCGGCGGCCAUGGAUUUAGGGCUCGAAGAGUUGAUUAUGAGAGGGAGAAAUUCGUUGGGGAUGUUUGUUUCGAUUUGGGAAUCGGAAAUUGAAAAUAUGGGGGAGUUGGAGAAAAGGGUAAAUGGGUAUCCGAGUUGGUUGAAGAAAGGAGAUCGGAGACUGUUGGGGGUUCCGGGGAAAGAAAUGGAAGCGAAUAUCGUGGUGGCGAAGGAUGGGAGUGGGAAUUUCAUGACGGUGACUGAGGCGGUUGAAUCAGUUCCAGAUAAAAGCAAGAACAGAAUUGUUAUAUAUGUGAAGAAGGGUAUCUAUAAGGAAAAAGUGGAAGUGGGAAAGAAGAAAAAGAAUGUGAUGAUCGUUGGAGAUGGAAUGGAUUCCACCAUUAUCACCGGUAGCCUCAACGUCGUUGAUGGAUCAACAACUUUCAAAUCUGCAACGGUAGCUGCGGUGGGAGAUGGGUUUAUAGCCCAAGACAUUUGGUUCCAGAACACCGCCGGACCGGAAAAGCACCAAGCGGUGGCACUUCGGGUCGGAGCAGAUCAAUCCGUCAUAAACCGGUGUCGUAUCGACGCUUAUCAAGACACUCUCUACACACAUUCCAACCGUCAAUUCUACCGAGAUUCCACCAUCACCGGCACUGUCGACUUCAUAUUCGGCAACGCCGCCGUCGUGUUACAGAACUGUAAAAUAGAGCCUCGACGGCCGAUGAGCAACCAGGCCAACAUGGUGACGGCGCAAGGCCGAAUGGACCCAAAUCAGAACACGGGAAGUUCGAUCCAGAAAUGUGAAAUUGUGGCAAGCUCAGAUCUGGAGCCCGUUAAGCAAUCGAUUAAGACAUAUUUGGGGCGGCCAUGGAAGGAGUAUUCGAGGACCGUCGUCAUGCAGUCGACAAUUGGCGAUCUUAUUCAACCAGCGGGCUGGGCCGAAUGGAAUGGGGACUUUGCAUUGAAGACGCUCUAUUACGGUGAGUAUUCCAAUAAUGGGCCGGGCUCUGAUGUUAGCAAGCGAGUGAAGUGGGCCGGUUACCAUGUCAUAACGAGCCCAUCUGAGGCCCAAAAAUUCACGGUGGAUUCGCUUAUACAAGGAGGUGAAUGGCUGGGCCCCUCAGGAGCCACUUUUAUCCCAGGGCUGUGAUUGUGUGCGUUACUGAUCAACGGUUGGAAUCUCCUUUUGCUGUGGUUGUUGUGGUAAUGAAA